GCCAUCACAAAGAUAGUCAGCUGAAAAUUAGACCUUGGACCAGAGGAUUUCAGACCAUAACCCAAUCCCAUCAUGCUGUUUGUUUUUGGUGCCACUUGAGCCACUGGGGUCGCUGACAAAGAAAAAUCAGGUAUGCCAAGAACCCGUCCCGUGUUUAAACCCUCCGACGACGAGCUCAGACAGAGAACCUCUCUCCAUCCAUUUCGUUCGCUGCAGCCAUGUACGGCGGAGAUGAAGUGUCAGCUAUUGUGGUUGACUUGGGUUCGCACACUUGCAAGGCUGGUUACGCCGGAGAAGAUGCUCCAAAAGCCGUUUUCCCUUCCGUUAUUGGGGCAGUAGAUGGGGUAGAAGCCAUGGAUGUGGAUGUUGAUUCUACAAAGACUAACUCGAAUUCUGAGGAUUCAAAGGCCGAGUCUGAAAAAGACAAGGGAAAACGCAAGCUCUAUGUUGGAUCUCAAGCCUUGAGUUACCGCCGAGACCAUAUGGAGGUUUUGUCACCCAUAAAAGAUGGCAUAGUGUCUGAUUGGGAUUUGGUGGACAAUAUCUGGGAUCAUGCUUUCAGGAGUUGUCUCAUGAUUGAUCCCAAGGAGCAUCCCAUGCUGCUAGCUGAGCCUCCUCUAAACAGUCAACAGCAGAGAGAGAAGGCGGCAGAGCUAAUGUUUGAAAAAUACAAAGUUCCUGCAUUGUUUAUGGCUAAGAAUCCUGUUCUCACGUCUUUUGCUACUGGGCGUGCUACUUCUUUGGUUGUUGACUGCGGUGGAGGAUCCACUACUAUUUCACCGGUGCAUGAUGGUUAUGUUCUUCAAAAGGCUGUUGUAUCAUCUCCACUUGGAGGGGAAUUUCUCACUGACUGCCUACUGAAAAGUUUGGAGAGUAAAGGAAUUAAAAUAAGACCUAGAUACUCUUUCAAGAGAAAGGAAAUACGAGCAGGGGAAUUCCAGGUUGAAGAUGUAGAAAUCCCUGACACCACAGAAAGCUACAAACUCUUCUGCCAGAGGAUGAUAGUGGGUGAUAUCAAGGAUUCUAUCUGUCGAGUUCCUGAUACUCCCUAUGACGACAAAUCAUAUUCAAACAUCCCAACUACGUCAUACGAGCUUCCUGAUGGCCAGUAAGCUCCAUUUUAUAUGUCUAUUCUGUUUUUUUGUGUGCAAUGUACAUGCAACAACUGCUUUUAUUUUCCAUGUAUAAGGUUUUAUGUUAUUUUCUAGACAAAUGUACCAAUGUUGUGAACCUUUUAAAGAUGAUAUAAGUUGUUAGUUGGAUCUGA